AUGGCGGCCGUGGACUUCUCCAAAGUCUACUCUGCUACUUAUAGCAGUGUCCCGGUUUAUGAGUUCAAACUCGAUGGCGACAGUGUCAUGCGAAGACGUUCCGAUGACUGGAUAAAUGCUACACAUAUUCUGAAAGUUGCCGGGUUUGACAAGCCUGCGAGGACUCGCAUCCUAGAACGCGAGGUGCAGAAAGGGGUCCAUGAAAAGGUGCAAGGUGGCUAUGGAAAAUAUCAAGGGACUUGGAUUCCGCUUCCUGAGGGCCGUAUGCUCGCCGAGCGCAACAACAUCAUCGACAAGCUAAGGCCGAUAUUCGACUAUGUCGCUGGAGAUCGCAGUCCACCACCUGCCCCGAAACAUACCACUGCAGCCUCGUCGAAGCCAAGAGCCCCGAAGAAUACAAACAAGAGAGUCGCAACCGAAGAAGUUGUCCCUGCUCCAAAACCGCACCGAAAUAUGGCACCGCCCGCCUAUCAUCCCUAUGAGCCUUAUGAAAUGAGCCAAGGAUUCGACGAGGAUGAAUCUUUAGAACAAGCAACGCUUGAGUCGUCUUCUAUGAUUGCGGAUGAAGAGAUUAUGGCAAUGUCUCAAAAUGGUACAUAUUCACGGAAGCGCAAGCGUGGGAUAAAUGAGGCUCCGGCAAUUUCAAUCAGUGAACAAGAACAUAUACUCUAUGGUGAUCAACUGUUGGACUAUUUCAUGACGGUAGGGGAUGCUCCGGAAGCGACACGUAUUCCUCCCCCACAACCGCCAGCCAAUUUCCAGGUCGACCGCGCAAUUGACGAUUCUGGAAAUACUGCUCUCCAUUGGGCAUGUGCCAUGGGUGACCUAGAAAUUGUGAGGGAUCUACUACGGAGAGGAGCAAAUAUCAGAGCUCUAUCUGAUCAGGAGGAGACACCUCUCGUGCGUGCCGUGCUGUUCACGAACAAUUAUGAGAAGAGGACGUUUCCACCGCUACUAGAACUUCUCUUGGACACAGUCUCAUUCCGAGACUGGUUCGGCGCUACUCUAUUCCACCACAUAGCAGAAACUACUCGGAGCAAAGGUAAAUGGAAGAGCUCGCGAUAUUACUGCGAAGUAUUGCUAGAUAAGCUACGCGUUACGUUUUCGGCUGAGGAAGUUGAUUUAUUGCUGUCCUGUCAAGAUCAAAAUGGGGACACUGCUGCUCUGAUUGCCGCUCGAAAUGGCGCGUUUCGCUUGGUUGACCUACUACUCGCGCGGUGUCCGCGAGCUGGUGACCUUAUAAACAACAAAGGCGAGGCAGCCUCAACUAUCGUCCGACGGGUACCACCUAAUGAGCGCGACGUCCCUCUUCCCCCUUCGUCUAUUACGAUGGGUAAUGAUCAAUUAGAUCCGGACAUCAAGGCACCUGUUACAUCAGAUCACCUGCCUCCCAGCCUUCCGCAGGACUCCUCCCCUACUACCUCGGCAUUAAUGUCUAAGAUCGCCGUCAUUAUGUCCGAAGCGAACAAGAAACUCACCGCAAGCUAUGGCAGCUCCAAGGCAACCCAGCAAGAUUCAGACGAUGUUGCGAACCCGGAGGCACUGUAUGCGCAACUUGAAUCGGAUCGACAAAAGAUCCAGAAACAGGUCGGUAUGCUGGUAGCGAAAGAAGCCGAAGAAGAGUCAAUCGACACGCAGCUUGAUCGUUACGAGCAAUUGAAGAACAGCUACGAAUCACUCUUGGAGCAAAUCCACCAGGCUCGACUCGGAGAGAGGAUUGCCUCAACGCCAGUGCCCGAGAAGGGGGAUACUGGAUCUGACCAGGACCAACUACGUCGCACAUACCUUAUGGCUCGUCAAUUGUGCUCUGCCCAAAAGGCUCGGCGCUCUACCAUGAAGGAUCUUGUCCAACAGACAGCCGAUGCAGGUGUAAGCACCAAGUUCGAUGUCCAUCGCAAGUUGGUAGCACUUGCCACCGGCCUCAAAGAGGAAGAUUUGGAUCCAAUGGCCGCAGAGCUGGCUGAAACACUCGAAUUCGAUCGAAUGAAUGGGAAGGCUACAGGAGCCGAAUCACCAGAUCCAGAGGCCAGGGAAUCGGCCACAUUCCCCAUCCCUGGUCCGACAGUAUCUGUGGACGCCUGAUUGGUCUGGAAGGGGUUGUUCAUUUCCAGUCAUCGAUCGUUCACCUCCCGCAGUUCCUCCAAUCUGUGGUAACGCUUCUCGUUAUGGAUUUACUUGUAAAUUAUUGCCGGUUUGGACAUGAUUACCAUCUACGCAAGAGCAGUUAGUCAACAACAAGCUAACUCUGCCUACCUACCUCCCUGUCUACUUUCUUACCAGGGAUGCGCUGCAAUCUUCUCACGAUCACUGAUGCAUGUUGAUGUUAAUUUCCUACUACUACUUCUAGCGGGCAAUUUAAGUUUCUAGUUUGCCAGCAGAUACCCAC